AUGUCUACACACUCUGAAUCCCAGCGCCUUGUCGCUGUCAAAUCCAUCAGGGUACCUCCACUAUGGGAUAGGGAAACAGUACAAGCAAAGGCUAGGGACAUUUGUCGCCAGGCUUAUAUUUGGAUACAGUUGAAGCACGACCACAUUCUCCCUUUCGAGGGUGUCACUGAAGGAUUUGGGCCGCUUCCUUCACUAGUGUCUCCAUGGAUGAAAGAAGGAUCACUGAACGAUUACUUGCAGCGCGAGUUUUCUACGCUGUUGGCCCCUCAAAAGCGAGAGUUGAUACAACAAGUGGCUUCUGGUCUUGAUUAUUUGCACGGCAGGGGUAUUGUGCAUGGUGACUUGACACCAUAUAAUAUUUUGGUUGAUAGCUCUGGUUCCCUCUGUAUCUCAGACUUUGGUCUUUCGAUUUUCCUCGCUGAGGCGAAAGCCGACAUGUUCAACUCCCAUCAUGUCGGAUCCGCACGUUGGAUGCCCCCUGAGGCUCUUAAUGAUGAAUAUUCGCCAACCCAAUUCUGGGAUAUAUAUUCGUAUGGCUGUGUGGUGUUGCAGAUCUUCUCAGGAAAGCAGCCUUAUCAUGAUAUCAGGAAUGUGGCGGCUGUUGUAUCAGCAAUCGUUAACGGGCGUGAGCCUUUCGAUGCCAUGCGGAGCUAUGGGGAGUAUGGACAGCUCUCGAUGCUAUGCUUCAGUAAGAUACCAGCCGAACGCCCGACAACUGGUGAAAUUAUGCGCCUUCUGAAGGAUUUGCCCGAUGCAGGACCUAAUACGAGUGCUACUCGACAUCCUGUGCAACAACUCGAGGACGUCUGCUCAACACCGCCAGCUGUUGUUGAUGAUUCCCGAGACCAUUUUGAUGUGCAGCCUCCUGCAGAACAGCUCGAGGACAUCCGCCCAACACCGCCAGUAGUUGUCGACGAUUCCCGAGACCGUCCUGAUUUGCAGCCUCCUGCGGAACAACUCGAGGACGUCCGCCCAACCCCACCAGUGAUUGUUGAUGAUUCCCAAGAUUAUCGUAUUGGUCAUGCAAUCUCAGCGCCAUCUUUUGCCCUGCGCCGCUUCUUAUCACUCUUCCUUCCCUCUCAGCCCGAUGCUGAUGUCGCACAUCCAUGGCGAAGGUUUUUCUCUCGUCGCGCUCCUAGUGCUCGUACUGUCGGUGACCCCACAUCGCUUGUGUUCGUCGCUCGACCAUGGACCUCCCCGCCUACGGUAGAAAAGUCACCGACCCGAGCUGUGACACCAUUGUUACAGUCAUCACAUCCGCAGGCAGCUGUUACCACUGCAACAUCCUCGACAUUGCCACCCCCACCUCCACAUUCAGUUCCUCUUUCCAUAACCACUGCUCCUGCAGACACACCAGUUCCAGAACGGGCUGGAUGUUGCACUCGCUUUUGGUGUUGUAUCCGGCGUUGUAUCUGCUGUAGUGUCUGCCGCAGGCCCAAAGGAUCUUCCGAUGAUCGUUCCUAA